CGGGCGGGGGCUCGUCUCCCCCAUAGCGCGCAGCAUGAUCGCUCCUGAGCAAAAGGAUGUGUGAGCAGGCAGCGCGCUACUGUCGGGACGGAGUCCACAAACUGCUGAACAAAGAACAAGCCAAACUUCGAGCACAAGAAAGCCGCGAACAGCCCAAGCUCGUAACCAGUCAGGACAGCGAGCCCGAAACGGCAGCGCAGUCCGGAAACAGCGGAGCCCAGCCCGGUGGAAUUGACGGGCUCGUCCGCUGGAUCGUCACCAAAAUGAGCGACAACAAGAACAUCUCCAGCCGGGAGUACGCCUCCAGCAAGGAGGAGGUGGCCGUGGCUCAGGAGCAGUUCUUCGCCCCGGAACCGCGGAGAGGCAUCUCCGUCAUCCUGGAUAUCUUCAGAAGAGCCGACAAAGAUGAUGACGGUAAACUCUCUCUGGAUGAGUUCCAGGCUUUCUUCUCUGAUGGCACACUGAACGAGGAAGAGCUGGAGAAGCUGUUUCACACCAUUGACUCUGAUAACACCAGUAAUGUUGACACUAAGGAACUCUGUGACUACUUUGCCAAGCACAUGGGGGACUAUGAAGGUGUUCUCGCCUCACUGGAGACACUCAACCUUUCCAUCCUCAAAGCCAUGGACUUCACCAAGAAGGUUUAUGAGAGAGGAACAAACGUGGAGCAGUUUGUAACCCGUUUUCUACUGAAGGAGUCAGCCAAUCAGAUCCAGUCCCUCUUGAACUCUGUGGAGAGUGCAGUGGACGCCAUUGAUGAGCAGCACAGCCAGUCAGGUCAUAUUCCUGCCAAGACGAGUCCUCGGAUGUCAGAGAAGCGCCAUGAAAAUGUUGUCCCGGAUUAUCCGCCAAACAACAGAAUCAGUGCCAGGGAGGCUGUCAGGACCAUCAACACCACCUCAGGUGCAGUGGAGGUUAGGAAAGAGGGUCUCGAUGCUCAAAUCAAUCGCCUGGCUGAACUCAUCGGACGACUGGAGAAUAAAACAGUCUGGUUUGAUCUACAUCAGAGGCUAACAGACACAGAUGGCACCACCAGCGCAUCGUUAUUGCUGAUCCGUCAGGAGAUGGUUGUUUCCCAAAAGAAGCUUGGCGAGUUUUGUGAGGCUCUGAAGCAAUACCUGAAGAAUGUUUCCGCUCAGAGGGACUGCUUUCAUGUGACUGCAGUGCGUCUGCCAGAUGGUUUGUCCUUUGUGGUCUAUGAGUUCUGGGAUGGAGAGCAGGAGUGGAAAAGGCACCUCCAAUCAGGCCCCAACAAAGCUUUUCAGCAUGUGAAAGUGGACACGCUGUGCCAGCCAGAGGCCAUUUCCUCUGUAGCCGUGCCAGCCGCAUGGUGCAGUGUGAACAAGGCCUGAGCGUGAACCAUAGCCGGCGAUACACGAGACUCUCGGACACCACACCCCCCACCUUUCCGUUGCAUUUCUCCUCUCUUUUACUUCCCUCAUGUCCCUGAAACCGUCUUGAAGUACAUGUUUACACAGUGCAAAUGAAUGGUAUCAACUGCAGUGACUAUUGAACAAAGUGCAUUUUACAAUGUGAAAAGAAGUACAUUUGCAUCCAACCAUUGUAGUUUGCUGGUCAAUAUUUAUAAUUAUUAGGCUAUUAUAUGAGUUAUGUUCUAGCCAGUUGGAGUUUGUCAUGUAGCAUGGACCCCACGGUUGAGCUUUUCAUGUAGCAGGUACCUAAACUACUUUUGGAAGGUCCGUUUGGAAAUGCAGUGGGUUUUUUUUUUUAACUCUAUUCCAGAAAGCUCAUCCAUGUAGCUGUAAUUCCAUAGAAUCUGCCCCUUCCACAUCUGGCCUUGUACACAGAAACAUUCUGGAAUUGUUGCCAUUUUUUUUGUAGUUUUUUUUGUAGCCGACCACAAACCUUGUCAACCAUUAUCCUCACAAAAUGUAGUGAGAGGCAGCACGGCUGCGCAUGUGGCACCGUGGCACGUAUGCCUCAUGGAAUCUCAGCUCAGACCUCUUUAUGUGGAGGUUGUAUGUUCCACAGUGCUUGUGUGGGUUCCCUCCCACAGUCCAAAAACAUGCAUGAUAAGUUCAUUGGAGACUCAAAAUUGUGAAUGUGAGUGUGAAUGGUUGUUUUGUAUAAGUAUAUACUGUAUACAGUAUACCCUGUGAUUGGCUGAUGACCGGUCCAGGGUGUACCCCACCUCUCAGCCAAAGACUGCUGGGAUAGGCUCUUGCUUACUUAUGUCCCUCAACAAAAUAAGCAUGAAUGCUUGAAUGUUCAGUGAGUGAGCUCAGACACAGUUGAUAACUUCCUUCCUAAUGCGAACACGUGUAUUCAUGAAAUGUUUACGUUUAAUUCCUCAAAUUACGUUGAAAGGGAGAAAAUCAUGAGAAGUUUUGCUAAGAUUACCAAGUGGGUUUUGCGGAACAAAUAAUGACCCAACUGUAUACCAGUAUUAGUGUGAAUGUCCAAACAUUGAGUGUUAAUUAGGUUCAUAAGACAGAUUAAAGUCUAUGUUGUAUUUUGGCUAUUCACACCUAAUGGAAAAAUCCAUCUGACAUAACAUAGAAAAAAAGCCCGUGCGGUAUUCACCAAUGAUGAUCCAGUUCAACACUCAGCACAUUUGCGUGCUGAAAUGAGCAAAUAGAUUCCUUAAUAAAGCAGUAGUUCACAUCCUUAAUGCAAUUACAGUCGUCCCUCGUUUAUCGUGGUCAGUUGGUUCCAGCCCUGACUCGACCACGAUAAGUGAAUUUCCGCAGAGUAGGAUUCAAUAUUAAUAGAUGGAAUAUUUUUGUAGUUAGAGCAUAGAAACCUGUUUAUGACCUUCUAAAAACGUUUUUUAACAUUAUUAGAAUCCUGUAAACAUGAAAUAACACCCCAUAGUCACCUUUAUACUCGUAUUACCUAAUAUAUAGACAUAAUAAGCAAUAGUAAGACAUAACUCACCGUUAGCACUGGGAACGUUCCGUGUAGUAUCUCGAACGUAAUGUGGGUCAAUCGCUUGGCUUUAAAAAAAAAAAAAGAUGGACAUCAGCAUAUCAUUCAUCCUCUCUAUAACACUUGUCACUUGAUUGGUACACAGGACAGCCAAUGUAACAUUAAUCUGCCAUACGUAGACGUACACUCCGUUAAUACUGCUAACGUUGUUUACACCAAAUUGCGCUCCGCUCAUGUGCAGGCUACAGGAUCUCUGAAGUGACACAAGAGACGGCCAUCGCUUUAACAAGAGCAAUCUACCGAGCUAACUCAUUAGCCUCCAAUUUAUUUAUUAUAAACUUAAAAAUAGGUUUGUGGCGGAGAAGGACAAAGUAUAAUCCAGUUAAUGUCUCAUAAUGCAACAUUACUGACGCCUAGUGACCAGGAUACUACAUAUGAUUUGUCUUUCAAUAUUUUUUUGGACUAAUAACAGCGAUCGUUUAUAAUCAAUUUUUGAAAAACCCGCGAUAGAGCGAGGGACGACUGUAUUAUUACUAUUUGUGAUAUUGUGGACUCUCUGAGCAUGUUAGAGGACAGGCACCAGCACCGCCUACAGCAUAGACAGAGGACAGAGGACUCUACAGGAUGCUUUUGUAGUUAUUUGCCCAGUAGUUCUGUGUGCACUACUGCUACUACUAAAUAAUGCAAAUCCUUUGGCAUUCCUUCCACUUUCACACAAGGCACCUGGGACCUCUAGUCCCCUAGGCUCUGAGGAUAAGUGGUCUAGAGUGGACCAAGCUAGAUGGAAGGAUGCGGUUGCUGCGACCUGCCACACGCAGCCUUUCUAAAUUUCACUACAUCUCCCAGCAUGUACAGUUAAACAUGUUAUUUUGGUCAAGUUACAAGUCUACUCUUGAAUUACAGAACGGACUCAACCAUCAUUUUGCUCAACCGUGACCGUCGAAAAUGUUGAGUAUUUGUGAGGGAAACGUACGCUGGUGAAUACCACAUUCUUUUUUAAAAGAUGGAUUUAAGCGGUCCAUUCUUAUGGUUGAUGGCUCAUGGCUGACACCAUCUGACAUACUUUUAAUCAUCACAAGAUAGUAAUAUCACCAUCACGUAGCAAUAAAUACACUAUUUAAGAUCCAUUACCAUGAUGGCUACUUUGGAGGACAUCAUUUAAAUGUCUUCAGAGAGCAGCAUCAUUGUUACAAGAAGAACCAUAACCCAGGACCAGCGACAAAGCAACACUUCAGGAUCAAUACUAAGUAUUCCAUUCAUCUUUAAUAAGCUGUACCUUUUAGUGUACAGAGACAUUCUUUCAUCGGUUGGCUUUAACAUGAGGGUGUUUCAAAUGUGAGAUGGGUAGCCACAUUUAGACUUUUGGAGUCUCGAGGGUAUAAAAAGUAGUUUGUUUUUGCACUUUUUGUGUCAUAGUUAUACAGGGUGUCUCUUUACAAUUUAACAAAUUCAUUGCAAAGCACGUGAAUAGUAGGGAUGCACACUGCUUGUUUUUCAGGACGAUACCAAUAACGUCCCGCUUCCCAAGACCGAUACCAGAUAACUCUAUUAGUGUUUGUGCACACCUGGAGGUAACUCAAACAAAGUUGGAUUUGACAAACUACCUGUAGAUUUGUCCUUAACAAAAAUCAGGACAUCACGACUAUUAAUUAAUUAAUUUUUUUUUAAUAGCGGCGGCUGAGUAUAACCCGUGGCUCCAAGGGCUUUACUAGCCGGCAAAAGCCAGUAUCUUCGACGAUGGUGAAGAACUGGUCACCCAGCGCCAUCAUUUCCAUGAUGAAAUCACAGAGCGCUUUAGCCUUUGGGUCAUCUCUGGCAAACUUUUUUGCAUUUUUCAAACACCGUGGAGAUAGGAACAGGCCCCGGGCAUUGUAGGGAUGCUGUGUUUUUUUUUCAGGCGGCUGAUAAGGUUUGAUGUGUUAAAGGUCAAUGGGGUUUUUUUUUUUCCCCUCAUUGCAAAAUGUUUGCAGAGCAUUUGGUGAAAGUCCCACAUGAUCGACGCCGUGUUUGUUUUCUAGUGAGCGUAGGGGGACGUUCUGACAGGCCACAAAAGGAGCACUUGAUUUGCUCACGUUGACCCGCUUACAGCACAGGAUGGGUAAUCUCGCCUCAUCUGAGCUUUUUUUAUGAUCAGUUAUCAGAGCUAUUUUUGAAUGUCGGAUGUAUCGUUAUGAUGUCAUAAUUCCUCAUACACUCAUUAUCGUGUACCCCUAAUUAUUAGUCAAAUCUGUGGAAAUGAUUACAAAAUGAGGAGCAGAUAUUGCAGGUUUUGACCUCAUUGAAUACACCUCUAUGUGGGCACCAGUCGUUGCACAAGCCACAUAACGGCAGUAGUCGAUUUCUUGUCUUGUCGCUUUAGCAUCGCCACAUCGGUGAUGCAAUGACAUCAGCGAUCUUUUGCUUCAGGGUGUUGAUGACCUGUGUCAAUGUUGGAUACAUGAGCUCUUGAACAUAUCUCCAUAGGAAGAAGUCCAGAUAUCUGAUGAAGGUGGCCAGGGAAUUGGGCCAUCGCUUUUAUUAAACACAACCUGUUUCAUCAGCAAGAUAUCUGAGAAAUACGAAACUCUGACAAGCACUGAGUACGUAGAACUAAGGUGAUGAACAGACGUUUAAAUUGUAAAGAGACUUUGUGGGCACCCUGUAUCUAGAGCGUAAGUCUUGCAGAGAUUGUGUACAGUAUAUGGAAAUGUUAUGAUACCAAUCUAUCUAUUCUUGUCUCAGUGGACGUGGCUUGACAAGUGCUGCAUCUUCUCAUAAACCUUUGCUUCGUAGCAGCAGAAGCUCCAGGCGGAUCCAAAUCUCGGUGAUAUUCAAUAUCAAAGCCUUAACAAUCGCAGGGUCGUUUUUAUUUUCAUAUCGUUCCCAAAGAAUUCCUUUCUGUUUGAUAACUUUAUAAAUAGACGUGCACCCAGUAAGCAAAGAAACAAACUCCCACUCCCAAAGAAAGAAGAUUCCCACCCAGGCACUCAUAAUCACACGUAUUUGGCGAUUCCACACACCACAGUCGUGAAAAUACUGUACAUCCUCAAACAGUGGCUUCAAUUCUGCAUUAGUUAACAUCAACCACUUAGCAAACUAAGUACUAUAAACAUUUCCACCAAGUGGUACUUUGAGGUUUAGUACCCUCCGCCUUGAAUUGGUUCGUGUUUUCACCGCAAGUGUGAGGCUGAUCGCGGAUCAGCACAGCAAAGAGCUAUUUGAGCUCCAGAAGCAAUGGGGCUUGUGUGUAACUCACCAAUGCAACAAAAAAAAAAGAACGUUCCUCUCGCCGUCGCAUUUCACAGCAUUUUUAAACAGCUGUUGUUUUUGGCUGUUGGGGUUUUACAGGCGCGCAGCAACUUGACUAGAUGACACACAUCUUCAUCACCGUAGAUCUUAAACCUCGUAUAAGUGCCUCAAACAUAACUCACAGACCGCUCGCUAUUUUGGAGCGAUAAAGCUUGGCUCGUGCGUCAUUUGGCCCACGCCUUUCAAGCAGGUUUCAAAAAUAUGUCACGGCGAGGAAAUAAGUGUUUGUUCCACUUCCAGCUGCACUGCAUUAUUGAUAGAAAAUGUCACGUGAAAUUUAAGCCAGUUACACAUUUUCAUUCUAUCGGAAGUGACAACUCGUGGCUGGCGAGGCACUGACUCCGUUGGAGUCCGAUUUACCGGUACGCCCCCUUCAGGUGCAGCAGAGUACGCUCUGCUUAACCUAAUGCAGUUUGUCACCGAAAUAAGCAAAAAUAAAGAUGCCACACACUUACGUAAAAGACAUGACAGAGUCCGUAGGAAGUCAUGCUGGAUUAUACUGUUUCCUGCAGACGUCAUAUCAACGACAGGCGGAGUUACGGAAACGGGAACGCUGCAUGCACCCCAGUUUGGGAGAAAUUGCUCUGUGAUUUCUGUCCUGUAUUUGAUGGGGAAAUGUGCAAAUUCGGGGAUUUUUAACUUUAAAGUGUUAAAAAUGAUUGGAAUCAUACAGAAAAUACAUUUCUAACACAGAUCAGUGGAUAAUUACAGUAGUAAUAGGCUCUGCCUCACCUGUCUCACCUGAGUACGUAAACAUCCUGUGCCACUCUUUGAGGAAAUAUGGUAUAUGGUUACACAUUUCAAAACUGAACUGAAAAAUGAUAAAGGCCAGCACAGUUUCCUUUCUUGUAUUACACUUGGCUCUGUAUGAUAUACAUGUAUAAGAUUCGGAUAAGUUUUCAUCAAAGUCAGCCCCCAAUCACAUCACUUCAUCACAACCACCAUGCUAUUGUGGCCAUCAUCCUAUUUUACAGUCAACAAUCAGCGUGUCCCCCGAGUAGCGCAUUCAUACUGCGCUUGGCCCCACUUCACACUUAAAGCACGGCACGUUUGGCUAGCGUUAGCGCACUGACCCGCGCCCAAGCACGCUUCCGUCCUUUGGAAGAGGCUGGGCAAGGCACACACAUGCGCACGUGCAACGUUGCGAGCCCUCCUCCUUGCCAGUUUUUAAUGGCAACUGACAUAUGUCAUAACAAUAAUGAAUGAAUACUCAAAAUAAUCUGAAAAUCAAAACCCACAGCACACUCGCACACCUGCAUGUCCACAUUCGUGUAUGUAAUAAAUGUGAUAUACUGUCAUUUAUUAAUGUGAUCGCUCCUCUUACAAGUCAUUGAUGACAGUCGCCGCCAUGCACGAAAUAAAGGCUAGAAAUAAUCCACAAAGUCCAGCACAGUGCCCAUGCAUCCGGUGUGAGUACGUUCUCAGACGCUCUCAAAAAGCGGAAUUUAAAAUGAGUGACUUCUGCAUAUGCAUCAUAGAGUUCCCCAGUGUGAUGACUAUUUGUCUGCCAGGCUUGAUUACGUAUACAGUACUCACUCGUUUAUUUAAUUGGCUCCAGGCCAGAACAUGAUAAGUGAAUUUCCAUGAAGUAGGAUUCAUUCCUUAUAAAUGUAAUAUUUCCAUAGUUAGUGCGUAGAAAACCUCUUUAGAACCUUCUAAAUACGUUUUUUAACAUUAUUAGAGCCCUCCACACAUGAAAUGACACCUCUAUAGUCACCUUUACACUCAUAUUACCCAAUAUAGUAGACAUAAUAAUAACCCAUUUAACACUCGUGCUCGUGUGUGUUGCUAUAAAUGUGUUCCCUAGGGGAGCAGGGUUUCAUUUUGCCGUGGGUUACAGCAGCAACAGUCGCCUGUGUUUUUAUUAGGGGUUAUUGUGCCUGUUUGAGAUCAUUCAAACCUGCAAUAAAAGGCUGUUGCUCCAGCGAUCAAGUCUGGUGCUUGUGUGUUGCACCCAACAUUACUGUAACAUUACUGACACCUAGCGACUAGCGUAGAAUACCACGCUUGUCUUUGAAUGCGUCUUUUGAAUGUCUUGCAUCUGUAUUUCAUUUAGCCAAUUUUGGGCUUGAAAAAUGCUUAAUUUAGGCAAAAAAAUAUGUCAAAUUAGCUUAAAUACGCAUACGUUUUGACUAGUAAUAGGCUGUAUUCAGCCACAAAACAGCACUGAUUUAUUAAUUCAUAUAUUUAUUUGAAAAACCGUGAUAGAGAGAAGCCGCGAAAUUUGAACAGCAAAGUGGCGAGGGACGACUACCGCCUUACCAACCAUCUCACUCUUUUGUCUGUGAAUGGUGGCCAGUGUGCCAACGUGCUUGAGCCUGCUGGGCUGGAUGGACUGUGUGUUGCGUGUUGUGUGUUACUGCAUACAGAGACUAAUAGAAACACACGCAUGUUGUUGCUUUACCUGCACCACACCUAGGUGUCAGUAUUGAAGGGGCACCGUGACGACCUGAGACAGGAAUUAACAACACGUGAAGGAGAUCACCAUCAAGCAAGGCACUGUUCCAAUAACCUUUAUUAGUCAUGUGCUAUAAAAGAAUGUAACAGGUUGUCAUAAGUUUACUAUACUGUAUAUUCUCAGAGGAGUGUCUCUCUUUGUUGUAAGCUGCAGGAUUUGAACACAAGCGUCUGAUGAAACGUCGCAGUGCCGGCUAAUACAAUGUGAAAUGACAUCCGCUUGCAUCUAACACAACAGAAUGAAAAUAAGGAUGACUGUGGAACUCUGAAAUCUGUUCAGCUUUCUACGUUAAAUCUCGGAUGUCAAAAUGUGUGUCAAAUCAAAGUAAUCUAAGAAGGAGAGGCAUGUUGAAUGGAUCAAUGUUUACACGUCAUAAAACGUUAUGUACUGUUUGACAAUACUGGAGUGCCCGAGUCAGUGCAGGCCAAUAUUUUCAUGUGCCCGGGCCGCUUGGGUUGAUGCUCAAUGAACUGUCAGAAUGCCAAUACCGUUUCCUGUUGUUACAUUCCAGAAUAUCGCUCACAGUGCAAGCUGUUGUUUUUCCCCCCUACCUUCAAGUAGUGCAACUUGUGCUUUGCCCUACGACUAUAUAAGUACACCCUUUGGAAGUUCUAGUGAAACAGGCUCUAGGGUGAAUGUUCCCUGACUUCAAUGGAUGACAGGGACGCACACACAAGGCUGGAAACGCAGCCUCCUGUAGGUAACAACACUUUUAGUGCUGAGAGAAAGAGAGUGGGUUUACCUCAACAAGUGCUAGUUCGGGAUUCCAGGUUUCAAAGUCAGGAAAUUGCCAAAUGUUCCCUCUGUCAAGGCCACAAUUCUUUCCUUCUGUGACUGUGUUCUUUUUUAUCCUUCAACUGAGUGCAUGUCAACUGAAUGUCUCGUAACUCCUUUGCUGUAGUAUUAGGCGAUGCUACUCCUUUAUGGGUUUGGUGCAUUUUUUAAACAUUAUUUUCCUUCAUUUUCUAGUAGUCCUACGAAGGAGACAAGAGACUAAAAUAUAUUAUAUACAUGUCUAGGAAAUGUGGCAUACGAGUAUGAAUAGUCAAUUUUAUGAGAUCGUUUAAUUCUUAAUGUAUGUUUCUGUAAAACAGGUCUAGUAGAGAUACCGAAGGGAUGCAAGUAUUAUAUUUGUCAACAUUCAAGAUAAUGUAGAGUAAUGCAAAUUCAAUAAAGCUAUAAAAC